GAUGGCGAUAUGUAAAAAAGCCUGAUUUUUAUUUAGGAGGGUGAAACGGGUUGUCAUAAACCAUAAAAAUUUUAAACUAUCAUUCCAACUAAUUUAUUCAAAAAUAAUGGCAAGACCUGGAGCGAGGGUAGCAGAUUCCAAAAAGAUCAAUUCAGAAUUAUUUACACUUACUUAUGGAGCCCUGGUAAGUCAGCUACUGAAAGAUUACGAAAACGCCGAAGAUGUGAACCGACAGCUUGACAGAAUGGGUUACAACAUUGGUGUUCGAAUAAUUGAAGAUUUUCUGGCUAGAACAUCUACUGCCAGAUGUACUGACAUGCGGGACACUGCCGAAAAAAUCCAGAGUGCUUUUAAGAUGUAUCUAGGGGUGAACCCAACUGUGACUAGUUGGUCCGCUGCCAGCGAUGAGUUUUCCCUAUUAUUUGAUCAGAACCCAAUGACAGAAUUUGUUGAGUUACCAGACAGCUGUCUUAGCUUGAAGUACUGCAAUCUCUUUUGUGGCAUUAUCAGGGGAGCCUGUGAAAUGGUUCAACUGGAAGUUACCAGCUGGUUUGUUCAAGAUUCUUUGAAAGGAGACCCUACUACAGAACUUCGAGUCAAGUUCGUCAAAAAAUUAGAGGAUGCUAUGCCAGCUGGAGAAGACUAGGCCACCUACAAGCAUCAUGUUGUGUGGUUUAUGUCAAACGUGUAAUAAAAGAAAAUCUCUGAA